GGUACACGGAACUGGCCCGGUGCUGCAGCACGUAGGUUUCGCUUCGCGCCGAGCGUCGCAUCAUAUCGUCGCGCUUGGCUGUCUUACGUGAGGCUUCGCACGUAACGACCAGUCAGCAGCCUCGCCUAGAACUGUCAACGAGCUGCAUCGCAGACGGCAUACGUGCGCGGGUGUCGCUCUUCGCGGACGUUGCGUGAGCGCGCGCGCGGGCCGGGUCAAGGUGACUCAGCGCCCGCCGUGUGCACACCAAUCCGCGGGAAAAUCUGCGCUGGCGCUGGCGCGGCCCGCGGCCUCGCAGACGGGAGGAGCCGGCGAGCGCUGACCCAGUUCGCGGAACACCUCGCAGCGAUGCGCGCGCCGCCCGCCGCCGCCGCCGCCACAGCUCCUGGCUCUGGCCGCGGCCGUGCCUCAACAGCCAGUCGCCCGACAGGACGCGCCGUCUACGCAUCGCUCCCCUCCACUGGCGUCGCUGCUGUAGAGAUGCGGCCCGCCACCACCACCAGACACCUGCAGUCCGUCAGGAUCGUCAUGAUCGCCGUCGAGCUGGUGCUAUCGUGCGCGUGCGCAGUGGUGCUGCUGCCGAUGCUGGACGAGUGCUGGCGCAUGCGCACGAGCGUCGUGCAGAUGACGGCGUUCAGCUGGUACUCCUUCACGGCCGUGACGCGCCUUAUCUCCUACCUCAACCGCGAUUUCAUGCCGCCCAAGAUUGAGCGGCUGCACGUGAUGGCCGGCGUGGCGCUGUUCUCGGUGUCGGGCGCGCUGGGCGUGGACGGCGCGUGGCGCGGCGGCCGCUGGGAGGACCGCGAGCUGGCGGCGGCCGUGCUGGCGCUGCUGGCGGCGCUGCUGCUCAUGGCCGACGUGGCCGCCUCCUACGGCGGCGCGCGCGCGCUCGACCGCGACCCGCCGGCCGCCGGCCCGCCGUACUGCUCCGUGCGCUCCGCCGCCUCCGCCGACGACGCCGACGCCGAAGCCGCCGACGACGCGCCGCCGCCCCCCUACGCGGUCGCCGUCGCCAGCCGCCCCGGCUGCCCACCCGCGACGCGAUGACCGCAGGCCGACGUCACAGCCUCCGCUGCUUCUUCUCCUCCUCAACAAUUACGCUGCGCGCAACGCUACGGCUGCCGGAUCUCCGGAGCUUACGCUGCGCAGCGUUCUACUGCCAAACGAGAGACUGCUGUGUACAGAGUUACGUGACAUGUACCUGUCUGUGUUACGAAAGCACUGAUUUUGCGUCCAGUGACAUUUCCUCACAAUCUGUGUCGAAAACGCUUAAAUUUGAGAUGUCUUAGUGCCCUAAAUUCUCAUCGCUGAGUCAAUCACAACAGAGAGAACACUGCUAUUGCGGAUGUUUACACAGGAACACAUUCACAAUGACUUCAUAGCCCACAUCACGUCGGAAGGCGCAGGCAGCGCAGAAGGUGGGGAGAGUGUCAUUAGCUCACGAGCCAAAGGGAGGACAAAAGCCUUCCAUGUAGCCAACUAAGCUUGAGCAACUGUUGUUGGGGACACCAGAGAUAAAACUAUAUCACCAGUACACUAUGGAACGCAUUAUCGCCGUCGUUGUUCAGGGCGAGCCAUAUGGAGGUAAAACGUCCUGGCAGAUUAACACUGUGUGCCGGACCGAGACUCGAACUCGGGACCUUUGCCUUUCGCUGGCAAGUACUCUACCAACUGAGCUAUCAAAGCACGACCCACGCCCCUUAUUCUUUCAGGAGUGCUAGUUCUGCGAGGUUCGGAGGAGAGCUUCUAUGAAGUUUGGAAAGUAGGAGACGAGGUACUGGCGGAAGUAAAGCUGUGAGGACAAUUCAAAACAGGGCCGCCUUCCGAUGUGACGCGCGUAACACUCGAAAGCACGGUCAGUGGCAAACGCAAUGGACUUCUCAAGUGGUAAGACGUGACCGAGAACCAAUACUGACCGGUGGUGAAUGUGUUGAGGACUAAGUGGAACCUAAGUUACCUAUACAGGACGAUAAAAAAGAAACUGAGCUGUAUACGACGCCUCGAAGGACGUCUUUACACGACGCAGUGACACGUGCUUGUGAACUGGAAAUCAGAAAAAGGAUCAGUAUGAGAAAGAACACCAGCCCAGUACGUGCAGCAUCUCGCUGUAUCAGGCAGUUAUUCUGGAAAUGAGACACAUUACAGUGUGUAACACAGUAUUUAGCUUAACUUAAAUUCAGAAAAAAAAAUCCUCUCCAAAGCUGAGCAGGAACAUCAAGAUACCAAAAGCCGUUUUCGGCAGGCGUAGCAUUUUAUUGCAGAAGAGUGUGUAGGUGAAGUUGUUCCCGCCUUGCUGAGGAUGUGAAGAUGAUAGCAGUGCAGUGAUUUCUACGUAUUUGAUGACGUGUAGACUGUGUAAGCAGCUUUUAGUAUUUGAGAAACACAAAUAUGCUUGUGUUUGGCAACACUGUACAAGGCAUAUGAUCCCUCAGGUUAAGGAAUUGUCGAAACCGUCCUGUGAUGAAAUCCCUUUUCUGUGAUUUUGAUCAGUGAGUACUUAAUGUGUUCCUGUACUUUGCUGACUGAUUGUAGUAAAUAAUUAACUUAUUUGUACCUGUUAUCAAUGUCAUUUACAAAAAUAAAAAUGUCAUUAUUAAUGUUUGA